AUGGCGAUACGCGGCACUGAUUAUAUCGACGCGCCUCCGCCCCUGCCCCCACCACGACUCGUCCCCAUCAGCGGGCCCGUCGACCCGAAGCUGCAAUUCAAGGAGAGCAUGCGCAGGGACGAGUAUGGGAGCCCCGGCGCCGACUCGUUUGGGCAUAGCUUCAAGCGAAGGGAUCUGUCGUUUCGGAGUGACAUUUCCGACGACGGAUAUCACAGUUUUGAAAGCUUCAGGUCUUCGGGCUUCCCCUCGCCUUUCGGUCACCACACAAUGAAGAGCUUCCGCCCAGACGGCCAAUCCAUCGACCACUCGAUGCUCGACAAGCUCAACCGUCCCGGACGGCGGCCCGGCCUCAGCGCGUCCGUCAACGACGUGCCGGGCCCUCGCCCCCACCACGCGCAGUUGACGACUCUCUCGCUCCCGCACCGAACCCGGCAGCCAUAUCUCGACUCGAGCUUUACCAAGUCGCCCGGGCCCAUGUCAGCCACGUCCCCGAUCGCCGCGCCGUUUGGCCAUCACGGGCGAGGUUCCGUAGACCACCGUUCACCCUUGGGAACUGACGGCAGCGACUACGAUCGGUCGCCCCUUCCGCGCCCCCGCAGGAUGCACGGGAACCUGGCGGCAGACGACGGCACGCACCCGGGCUAUGGGGGCUACGAGAUCCGGGAAGACGACGCCGAUUUCCCUAUGGAGGAAACGACCCGUAUGCGGAGCCUUGCGAUUGAAGACCAAUGGCGGGAGAGGGAUUGGGAUAGGGAUCGGGACAGAGAGAGGGAAAGAGAGAGGGAACGCGAUUGCUACCAGCCGGGCCAGAAGCGGAGGGCUUCGUCGCCACCGAGUGAUGACGCCGCGGUAGCAAAUGACCUGCUGAGGAGAAGGGACGGCGGCCUGAUGACCAGGGGCUCGCCUACGCCGAGGCUUCUGGCGAUACCUCAGAACUCGCUAUCAAGCGUGUCGUCGGCAAGUCGAAGCGGGAGCUUCGCGAGCAACCUCACCGCUAGCAGCGUCACAAGUAUGGGCUCGUUUGGACGACGCUCGCCCAACGCCCUGUCCCCGGGCGGCUUGUCCCCAACCGAUCCUAUGUCCUGCAGCAGCCCAUAUCCACCGCCGACAAGUCUGUCUGCUUCUCCCCGCCCCUCAAUUGGACGAUCCGUCGGGGCACUUUCCCCGCACCACCGAACACCGAGCGAACAACCAUUGCCCGCACAGGCCACGCGCACCGUCACUUCACCACGAAAGAUCGCCGACGUUCCAAAGAGCCACAGCAGCUUGGCCGCCAAGCUCAAGGGUCCCUAUAUGUGCGAAUGUUGCCCGAAAAAACCAAAGAAGUUCGAGACCGAUGAGGAAUUAAGAGCGCAUGAGGCCGAAAAACAGUACGGAUGCGCGUUUUGCGGCAAUCGCUUCAAGAAUAAGAACGAAGCCGAGAGGCAUCAAAACUCUCUCCAUGUCCGGCGGCACAGCUGGUCAUGUUCGGCCCUGACCGCGUACGAGCGGGCAUUUCACGACAGCACAACAAAGCCCGGCGCGGCCGACGUUUGUGGGUACUGCGGCGAGGAGUUCCCCAGGAGCGGGAAGAACCAAGGCGGAUGCAGCGUGAGCGACCCGGACUGGGAGGACCGCGUGCGCCAUCUCCAAGACGUGCACAAAUUCCGCGAGUGCAACUCCAGCAAGAAGUUCUACCGGGCCGAUCACUUCCGCCAACACCUUAAGCACAGCCAUGCCGGCACCAGCGGCAAGUGGACCAACAUGCUCGAGAACGCCUGCAUGAUGGAGGAGGAGCCGCCCGUUCCCACGAGAUGA